AUUGGUUUUUAAAUAUUUUUAGUCACUAGUCUCUUUCGUCUAAAUUUCAAGAUGGCGGACGAAACUACUACGGGCGAAAAACAAAAUGAUAGUAGCCAAGAACUGACCGCUAAACAGAGAAGGAACAAAAAGAAGAAAGAAGCAGCUAAGAGGAAAAAACAAGAACAACGACAAGACGACACCAAGCCUGAAAAUACAGUACAAGAGGAAGUGAAUAAGAGUCCCCAAGAAUUGUUAGAGGAUGAGUUAGCAUGGUGCAUAGAGCAGAUGGAGCUUGGACUAUUAUGCCAGAAAACUGACAAAAAAACAGCUUUGCAUACUCAGCACAUGGUAAACAACUUGAAAUCAUCAAAAACACCAAUGCCCAAAAAAAGACAGAUCAUGUUUUCUGUGUUUGGAGACUACAGGAAGAAAAUGGCUGAUGAUCUAAAGACUUAUUCUGGAAAAGAAAGAAAAUCAGUCAAAGCAUAUGCUGUACCAAAAGCAGAACAGAAAAGUGUUGUGAUCAAGGUUAUUAAAAACAAAGAUCAGCCCGGACCUGUAUCUGAUGUUAAAUUUUCAUCUGAAGUAUCAUCUACAUCAUGGAAUUUUAAUGCAUCAGGAACAGACAGCUUUAAAUUUAACUUUAAUUUGCCAGAGUAAUGUUGUAGUUUUUUAUUAUUGUACAAAGGUCUAAACUCUGGUGCUACAAUUUUAAUGCUUGUUUUGGAGUCACAAUCCACAGGAACCUUAGGCUGUAGUCAAAUCCUGAAUGUUCACAUACAAUUUGCAGUAUAUCUUGCAUUAUUGUAACAAGCUGGCAGCAAGAACUAUUUUUAAGGUUGUGGUCCAUAAAAACAUGUUGUAAAAUAUUUUACUUUUUUGGAGAUUCACCUGUGCAGGUGGAAAUAAGAAAUUACAGUCACAUGAGUGUGGAUGCUUGCCUCAGCCUGGGUACAGCGAUUUUAUUUUUCAAAAGUUGGACAAGAAAAAUAAAAUUGCUUCCUGGUAUUUACUUCAAAUGGCCUGACUAUCAGGCUAUUUGCCUCUGGGUAUGAAUAACCGAACAAAAAAUAACCCUUAUAUAAUUUUAUUUUCAAAAGGAAUAUGUAUUUACAUCAAACUCAAUAAAAUAGAACAAAAUGCA